ACCAACCUCAUCCAUGUUCUCCUUUGGCAUAUCUUCUUGUGUGUAAAUACUGUUAAUGAUCUUCAAACAACUAUAUAUUCAUUCAUGUUCCAGUUAUCAUUUGAUCGGAUGCUCUAUUCAUGGAUUCCGAAGGUGGGCAAAAUUUGCUGCAAAGUUCCUGCUUCAUGGGGCUGCAUGAUAAUAAUAAUAACAACAGCAAAAGUGCAAAACAUGAAGGUCGUUGGAUGAUUAUGAGUAAAGAUGUUGAAGUUGAUCAUGAAGAUGACUAUACUAACAUCUCAUUAUCUUCUUCUUCUUCGUCUUCAUCACUUGGAGAUUCCAAUGGAUCAACAUCUUCUUCUUCAGAGUUGGUUGAUGAUGCUUCUUCUUCAACAUCUUUGUUUGAAUUCUCAGACCUCAUGGCUCAACUCCCCAUCAAGAGAGGGCUUUCUAAUUUUUUCCGAGGGAAGUCUCAGUCUUUCACAUCUCUGUCAAGAUUGAAGAGCAUAGAAGACUUGGCAAAGAAAGAAAGUCCAUACAGAAAGAAAAUGAAGGCAUGUAAAAGUUAUGGGGGUGGAUUGGAUGGUUACAAAUCAUAUACUCUUGAACCAAAGGCCACCAUAUCAAAGAAGUCUUCAAGAAGUUCUUUUUCUUCAUCUUUUCCCGGUAAACGAAGCACUUUUCUAGCUAGCGGUAGGCCUCCUCCAGCUCCUGUACAGAAGAACUUCAGGUUGUUUUGAUCUGUAAACUUAUCAAACUAAUCCCACUUGAAUGAUUUGAGAGCAAUUAGUGUUGUGAGUUGCAAAUUUUACGAUAAAGUCCCAUUAUGAAAGGGAAAAGGUAAGAUUGUAAACAUACAUUCAAUAGCUCUAAAAUCUCUAAACAUAUGCAGGCUAGCUAAAUCUUGAGUAUUGGUUAUUAUCCACUGUGUCUUUCCAAUUAAAUUAAGUAAUCAUCAUGUUUAAGGCA